AUGAAAGCAGACGAGCUGCAGGGCGGAAAAGUCGGGGAGCAGCCAUGGCCGGGCUGAAGGACAUCUAAAUCGAGCAGACGAGAGGGUGUUCACAAGGACUCCGCAAGAUAUAAAGGAGAGAAGAUGCCGGAGCGAAGGGUUUCGCAAUACCGUUGUUUCAGGACUUGGUCGUCAAUCAAUGGGGAUUUUAGUUUUUGAGGAAGAUGAUAACGCUAAACUCCGUACUCCGUUCCUAUACUCCUCUCUCUGUUUCAUCAAUCAAUCAAGGAAGGAUGAUCUGCGAUCGAUUCUAUUCGCAUGUGCUUCCCUUUUUCGUGGCCCUCGUCUCCCCCAUCCUUGCUCAUCAACCUUCCGUUCCGGAGCCCAUUGCGUCUCCUUUGCGUGACUUGAAAUGGGGACAGCUUAAUUUCCUUCACACUACAGAUACUCAUGGCUGGCUGGCCGGUCAUCUCCAGGAACCCUCCUAUGCCGCAGACUGGGGGGACUAUGUCUCCUUCGCUACCAGAAUGCGAGAGAAGGCCGAGGCACAAGGGCAAGAUUUACUGAUCAUAGACACUGGUGACAGGGUGGAAGGCAAUGGCCUUUAUGACUCGUCAGAGCCUAAAGGCGUCUAUAUUUCGGAGAUUCUGCGACAACAGCCUAUCGACCUGUUGUCGGCUGGUAAUCAUGAACUGUAUAAACAGAACACCUCUGAGGCCGAACUUCUUACUACGGUCCCUAAUUUUCGCGGAAACUACCUAGCUUCGAAUAUUGAUAUUAUACAUCCUGUAACCAAAGAGACUGUGCCGUUGGCUCCUCGGUUCAAGAAGUUCACGACCCAGCAACAAGGUAUCCGUAUCAUUGCUUUCGGCUUUCUUUUCGAUUUUACAAAGAACUACAACAACACCAUGGUAAAACCGGUGGAAGAGACUAUCAAAGAGGAUUGGUUCCAGGAAGCUAUCAGGGAUAAGGAAGUUGAUCUCUUUUUGGUGAUCGGGCACGUCCCCGUUCAUUCCAAGGAGUACGACGCUGUCUUUAAAGAGAUUAGGACGGCCCGUUGGGAUACCCCUAUUCAAUUCUUUGGUGGCCACUAUCAUAUCCGCGAUUUUGCCCGAUAUGACUCUAAGGCGUUUGGGUUGGCAAGUGGUCGAUUCAUGGAAACGAUCGGUUUCAUGUCAAUCGAUGGCCUGUCCACUACCGAACGGCAGGUGAAACCUACUUUGACAACCCCAACCUUUAGCCGAAGAUAUAUUGAUAAUAACCUUUAUUCCUUUUAUCACCAUACCGGCCUAAACGAGGAAACGUUUCCAACGGAGCAUGGUCGGAAUGUAUCUUGGCUUAUUCAGAAAUCCAGGAGCACUCUUCAGCUCGAUAAGGUACAUGGCUGUGCGCCUCGGGAUCUUUGGAUGUCACGCGUCAAAUAUCCAAGUCAGGAUAGUAUUUACACUUGGCUCGAACGGCAGGUGCUGCCCAACUCGUUACGAGAUGAUUCUCGCGCUGGCAAGCCGGCUCUUGCUAUCGUCAACACGGGCGCCAUUCGUUUUGACAUAUUCAGGGGGCCUUUCACGCAGGAUUCGACAUUUAUAGUGUCCCCGUUUACUAGCGGUUUCCGUUAUGUUAGGAAUAUCCCUUACGAAAUAGCGAUUCUGAUAGUCGAGGUCUUAAACAAACAACCGCAGAUUCUGACUGACGAUCGAUCCAGCAUCAUCGCCCAGGGACUCGCGCCCCCAGAACAAUCAGCCUAUCUCCAUGAUAGAGUCCCUGAUGACAGCUUCGGCUUGGAAACCACUAAUUACCUUACAGAUCAAGCGUCACUGCUGAGCAGCGAUCAUUCCAAACCGAAGCUUAUCCCUGGGUACACUACAACCGACGACCAGGGCUCGGAUGGCGAUGACACGAUUCAUUUGCCCAUCUCGUUCUACCGUGUCCCAAAUUGUAUCCAUGCUCUGAUCCCCACCAAUGCGUCCUCGGUGCCAAAGACAGUGGAUCUCGUAUACAUUGAUUUCAUAGAACCAUAUCUGGCUCUCGCAGCCAAAUUCGCGGGGCUAGGUGUAGACUUCACGCGGGAUAGUAAUGUGUAUAUGCCGGCUACGACGUUGACGAAUCUUAUCUUGGAUUGGGUGAAGGACAACUGGUCUUGUAAGGAAGUAUGAAGCAUUAAGGGGAAAGUGCCUUUUCGGCCACCGCUAUGUAUUAUUUCUGUUCCAAGCGUUCUACGCAACU